GACUUCACCGUUCCGCCCGGGUUUCCUUUAUGAUCGCGGGAUCUCCCGCACCUUACAGCAGACUUCACACGACCGCGGAUGUAGUCGCACACUCAGACGCGCUCUCUCACAAACUUCACGACGCACUCUGCACCGAUCACUCCAGUCCUGAACGCGCUUGGAAGUUGGCCGUGCGAGGACGUUUACGCGAGAGGAUAUCUACCAAGAAAGUCCACUUCUUUUGGGGGAAGAGUUGCCAUAUCCAGCGUCGCUGCCUAUACAGUGACUCUCUUUUCUAGCGAUUUCUGCGUCAAAAGCUCGUCCUUCACAACAGCCAUGUCCGAGGUUCUGCCGUACAGCGAGGGGAAAAUGAGCGGAUACGGAGGGGACAACGAUGUGAGCCAGAUGUCCUUCAGCUGCGGGCUGCAGGACACCAACUCGUUCUUCGGUGCGUCGCAGGGGAAAAGACCCCCGAAACUUGGACAGAUCGGAAGAGCGAAGAGAGUGGUCAUCGAGGACGACCGAAUAGACGAGGUGCUGAAAGGUAUGACCGACAAAUCGUCACCAGGCGUUUAAAGCCGAGCAAUGCCUUGCAGACAUUUCAAUUUUUUAUCACCGAUUUGAAGCACUUGUCGGUUGCGCAUGUGAAGAAGACUGCAAAGAGAUGGAGAGAUGAUGGCACGACGCUCGAACCAAGAGGAGAUUUAAAAGGGAAAAGCUAUUUCAAGAAGGGAGAGAUGAAAAGAACGACAUUUACUUGGGGUUUGCUGGCAAUUCUCCCAAAACGAAACCCGAAUGAUGCUUUGGGGAAGAUGUCUGAGAUGACGAGGCUGCGCUCUCAAGGCUCAUGUGAAUAAACGUGAAUGGACAUGUCAUUGUAAUUCCACAACCAUCAUCUUCCAGAAGCGAUGUAAGCAAAACGAAGUUUAACCGAAGACUGAAUCGCAUCUUAAACUAUAGCUGUACAGUAUCUUAGUUUAAAAACCUUCCUGUUAAGACACACACCGAUUCAGGCGGCAAAGGCGCGUUUUUGGAUCUGCAUUAAGCGUCGACUUCAAUCCGACUGCUGCUUUUUAGAGACACGCUAGACACAAAGACAUUUAUCACCCAUACAGUGAACCGAACUUCUAUACGUACGUACGCGGAUGGUGCAAUGUGAAUAUUUUCUUUUGCUCUUUUGCAUCAUGUUCUAUUUCAAAAGUUGAGUAUGUAUCAUACACAUCCCCACAGGCGUUGACGCGUAUAGUCUUUGCGUUGUUUGCCCUUCACUGCAGCUGCUUUUGCGUAUCACAGCACCUGCGCCACGGAUAGGCAUCAUCACAGCACAGAGGAACAUUGUGCAUUACACCCUCGUGAACAUGUCUUGGUUUCUUCCAAGUGUUUUGGUUUUAUAUUUUGAUGAUCUUUUUCCAAUCAUCAUCUCACCUUGUGUCCAUCUCUUUGCAUGAACUUACACUUCGGUGCCAACAAAGGUGCCACCACAAAUCUUACCCUGGCACGCUUCUUUAAAAAAAAGUCACAUUUGUAUUUUUAUAUUAAAUAUUUAAAAAAAUAUGCUAGUAUGUCGUCCUUAAAUUAAUCAACAAUGAUGUUUCUAUUUCGGAGGAAAAGAGGAUUAUUCAGUUUGGUUGGAGGGUUUUUUAUUGAAAGUAAAAAAAGACUUAAUGAAUGAAUGUUUCUCGGGUUUUUUGCACACAUUCGUGUUGAACUAUUGUUAUAUGGAAAUCGUAUACUGUGACUUGAGCUUUGUUGGUGAAAUUGUUAGAAAAUGGCGAUAUUAGAAAUCUACUGCACUGUUUACUAAUAUCUUCAAAUAACGCGUUAUUCAACGGGUUUUGUUUUUUAAUUUUCGUUUUCCAUUUUUGUUUGUUUUGUACCAUUAUAAAGAAACUGACUAUGGUUUGUUGUGCAUGAAACCUUAAUACUUUUCAAUAAUGGAACAUCGUUUAUUAAGCAAAAAAGUAACAAAAUGUCAUGACAUUCUAAGAAUGAAUCAUUGCAUAUUAAAAUACCAUUUUCACUGUAUUUGGUGAAUUAAUAAAUGGUGGAACAUAAA